UACAAUAACAAGAAUUCAAACGAACAACUAGGGGAAAAAAUGGCGGACUAAAGUCGACCAGUCUUUUGAUCCUGUCGAAUCCCCUCUUCAGAAGCUUCAGCACCGUACAACUUUAAGGGAGAUGGAGGUGCAGAAUUCGAGAGAGUGCAGUGUGCUGGCGCGUAUGGCGGAGCUGCGGUUGGUGUGCGAACGAGAAAUCCCAAUUCAGCAGCACAGAAUUGAUUCUCUGCAUAGUUUAUAUCGAAAGCUUUUCGAUGCUGCCAAGUCUGAAGCUCGGCAAACUAUUCAGCUUCAAGAUAAAUUGGGAAAGGUUAAAAUCGAAUUAAGAGAAGCUGAGGAUGGUAUGGUGAAAGCCCUUGCAGCAAAGACUAGAAAAGAAGCAAAGUUGAUGGAAAUGAUGGACUCUAUAUCUGCUGCAAAAGCUAGAGCUGAACAACUAAAAAGAAUUGUGGAAGAUCAGAGGCAAAGAAAAGAUGAAUAUUCUGCUGCUCUAUCUCAGCAAUCACAAGCUUUGACACCUUGGAAAGAACGAUGUGACAAUAACAAAGAAAAUAGAGGUCAAACAGAAACGGCUAUUUCAUGGUACAACAGGGUCCUUGGUUUCUGUAUUGAAACUGGACAUGGUGUGAAAUUCAUAUUCACUAACAUUAACCCGGAGAACCCUAAAGAGGAAUAUUCUUUUGUUGUUCGCCAUGAAAACGAGAUGUACACUUUGCUUGACUGUGAUCCACAUCUGAGCAACACCAAAGAGCUGGUUAAUGACUUAAAUAAAACCAAUGGACUAUUUAAGUUUGUCAGAACCAUGAGAGAGAAAUUUCAAGAUGCUGCAGCACAUGGAUAUUUUACACAUGGCUUGGCUGUUGAUCAAGCCUCUUUGACAAUUACUGAAUCUGCCCCAGCAUCUUCAGAUUCAACUGAUUCCAUGUAUGAAUAUUCACCCUCAGAAAAGGGACUUGAUAGAAGAUGUUCAGGUGGAAUUAGCAAAGGAUGUAGUUACUAUUCUCCCAAAUCGACUUCUCUUAGGCAAUCUGCAUACUUGCAGGGACACAAUUGAAGACGUUUCUUAAUUACAUUUACUCAAUCAAUCCAUGAUGAGUUUGACUGAGCAAUGAGGUGGCCUAGCUUGCGGAGACGAAGUCAAUAAUGAUUCAAUUGCCUAAUCCUCUCCAGUGUGCUAUAUUUCUAAAUCAUGACGUGGAGCUGAUCUAACAUGGAUUACUUGUCAUGAGCUGUCGAAGCAACAAAUUCACCUUUGAUAUAUAUAUAUAUAUAUUAUGUAAUUGAUGUUUGUGUUUUUGAAUAGUAUUUAUGUUUGCCACAGUGUACUGAAACUUGCUAAUGAAGAUAAAUUGUUGCAGUGCACCUUCAAUUUGUGGAAUAUACCCUGAUUUUGUGAAUUCUGGGACUAAGUAAAUGUUUCUCUUGAAUGAAGCAAUAUUAUUAAGACUAUAUAUUAGUAUCAAUACAUUCUG